CACGGAGAAGACGUGUCGGAGGAAGGCCUCGCCCUCUGCUCGGCCGUGCCUGGCGCGUUACCGGCGCGGCGCCGUCCCCGCCCUCUGGCACCUGUUGUUCGACAGUUUACUGGGGCUGGGGGGCAGCCGGAGGCUUCGGACCCGGCUUUACCCCCGUCGCCCUAGGCGAGUCGAAGCGAGACCAGCUGGGGUGCCAGGCGGCUGGGCGAGGGUGCUCUGCUGAGGCGAGGCAGGCGCUGCAUGAACAUUUGUCUUGGGACUAGGAGAAGCACCAGCAGCCCUCAAAAUGCCGAAGCCGAUCAAUGUUCGAGUCGUUACUAUGGAUGCAGAGCUGGAGUUUGCCAUCCAGCCAAAUACUACAGGCAAGCAGCUGUUUGACCAGGUGGUUAAAACCAUAGGUUUGCGAGAAGUGUGGUACUUUGGUCUUCAGUAUGUGGACAACAAAGGAUUCCAGACUUGGCUGAAGCUUGAUAAAAAGGUUUCUGCUCAAGAAAUCAGAAAGGAGAAUCCCCUCCAGUUCAAAUUCCGUGCCAAGUUCUUCCCAGAGGAUGUGUCUGAAGAGCUGAUCCAGGACAUUACGCAGAAGCUUUUCUUCCUGCAGGUGAAGGAAGGAAUCCUCAGCGAUGAGAUCUACUGUCCUCCUGAAACAGCAGUGCUUCUUGGCUCCUAUGCUGUGCAAGCCAAAUUUGGAGACUACAACAAGGAUGUGCACAAGCCUGGAUACCUCAAUUCAGAGCGUCUGAUCCCCCAGAGGGUGAUGGACCAGCAUAAACUCUCCAGAGAGCAGUGGGAGGAACGGAUCCAAGUGUGGCAUGCUGAACACAGUGGCAUGCUCAAGGAGAAUGCCAUGCUGGAAUACCUGAAGAUUGCUCAGGACCUGGAGAUGUAUGGAAUCAACUAUUUUGAAAUCAAGAAUAAGAAAGGAACUGACCUUUGGCUGGGAGUUGAUGCCUUGGGGCUCAACAUCUAUGAAAAGGAUGAUAAACUGACUCCAAAGAUUGGGUUCCCUUGGAGUGAAAUCAGAAACAUCUCUUUCAAUGACAAGAAGUUUGUUAUAAAGCCUAUUGAUAAGAAGGCACCAGACUUUGUGUUUUAUGCCCCUCGCCUGCGAAUUAACAAGAGAAUCCUGCAGCUCUGCAUGGGCAACCAUGAGCUGUAUAUGCGGCGCAGGAAGCCUGACACCAUCGAGGUACAACAGAUGAAAGCCCAGGCCCGGGAGGAGAAGCACCAGAAACAGCUGGAAAGGCAACAACUAGAAAAUGAAAAGAAGAAGAGAGAGACAAUUGAGAGGGAGAAAGAGCAAAUGUUGAGGGAGAAGGAGGAGCUGCUGGUGCGGCUACAAGAGUACGAAGUGAAGACUCAGAGAGCAGAGAAAGAGCUCUCAGAUCAGAUCCAAAGAGCCAUUCAGCUGGAGGAGGAAAGGAGACGAGCCCAGGAGGAAGCAGAACGCUUGGAAGCUGAUCGUUUGGCUGCUUUGCAGGCCAAGGAAGAUCUGGAGAGGCAAAAUAAGGACCAGAUGAAGAGCCAGGAACAGCUGGCUACAGAGCUGGCAGAGUAUACAGCCAAGAUUGCACUUCUUGAAGAGGCAAGGAGACGUAAAGAGAGCGAGGUUGAAGAAUGGCAAAUCAGAGCCAAGGAAGCCCAGGACGAUCUGGUAAAGACAAAGGAGGAGCUACACCUGGUAAUGACUGCUCCACCACCACCCCCGCCGCCUGUCUACGAGCCAGUGAACUACCAUGUCCACGAUAACCUGCAAGAUGAAGGAACUGAGUACUCUGCCUACAGCGCGGAGUUCUCCAGCGAGGGGAUCAAGAACGACCGUAACGAGGAGAAACGGAUCACUGAGGCAGAGAAGAACGAACGUGUGCAGCAGCAGCUGAGGGCACUGACAGAUGAGCUGGCCCAGGCUAGAGAUGAAAAUAAGAGGACCCACAAUGAUAUCAUCCACUCGGAGAACAUGCGGCAGGGACGCGACAAGUACAAGACGCUGCGGCAGAUCCGGCAAGGCAACACCAAGCAGAGAAUCGAUGAGUUUGAGGCGAUGUAACAAUGCUUUUAACAAGAGAGCAGGACUGUGGGAAAGGCAGAUCUUAAUGCUGUGUUCUUGUUUUGGGGUGGUUUUUUUUGUUGUGGUGGUUGUUUUUUUUCCCCUGAGGAGUCAUCACUGUAUGACACUUAACAAAUGUUCUCUAAACCCAGAGGUGUUUGAAGCUCCCUUUUGUUCCAUACCUUCUGUUAAAUUUGGGAUAGUUAAAAACUCUCUGUACCACUGAUCCUGGUUAACUUGCUCAUGCCUUUGCUUAGUGCCAAAAGGCCUUUUGUCACAUCCUUCUAAAAACAACACAAGUUUUCCUAGGCCAUGCUUCUAGUUGAAGAUGCAUGACCUGUGCAGGUGCUGGAUUCAGCUUGGUCUAAAAAUAAGCAGCUGUAGGUGAAUUUUGUGCCAUAUGUCUUUGUAUUACUAGUAAAGUGCAACAGUUGAGAAGACAGGUCGUGGAACUCAGGAUUUGCAAGCACCUGUGCAACAGGUGUAUCCGUGUACAUGUGUGCACGUCUCUUUGUACACCCUGUUUUUCCCUUGGUCUUGAUGCCCACAUUUCCCUUCCCUUGCCUCCUCCCCAAGAACUGACAGCACCUCAGAAGUACUUCGUGUAGAAAUUAGGCUUUUUCUGGUUGCUCUUCUUGACUGGAGAAAUUCUGCAGUAAUGGCUCAGAAGUGUGGCAGAGGGACACUGAUGCCCUCCCUUGAGUAACAACUAGGCAAAUACUCAUCUGGAAUCUAAUACACUACUGUGUUUGCAUUCCAGCUUCAUUCCUGAUCAGUUAGAGUGUAGUAUUUAUAUAUAGAUAUAUAUAUAUUAAAGAGAACAUGCAAUACAUGCAUUGCAGCACUAGUUUAAAGGGAAGUAGUUUUGCUCUGUAUAUUUUGUUACUUUUCAGAUUCAAUGAGACUUGCAUCUGUACAAAUGCUUAAAAGAGUACUGUAGCCAGCUACAGUGCAGCUGAUGAUUUGCUCGAAGGCAUUAUUUGUAAAGAUCACUUUUUUACUCAAUGAAGGGCGUUGUGUACACAUGAUCCAGGAGAUACCCUUCUACUGCACCUAUUUUUCUAACUAAUUUUCUAAUUUUUUUUAAACUGUUUGAUUUAAGGUUUCAGACUCCAAAGAUGAAGGGACUCGUUCUUUAGCCCACAGUUGUAGUCUCUCUAGUAGAGAGCAUUUCUGUGACCAUUCCUUCCCUCCCUUUCCUUGACAAUCUGUUAGAAAGUGAGAUACAGUAUGUCGUCAGCUCUUCUCUUCCACUUACACCAUCUCUGCUGCUUUGUACUUGAGUUGAAUCCUGUGUGUUUUUUAUGUGCAGCAGCAAACAUCUAAAUAAAAGAUCUGCAGAGUAAAAAAA